UGAAAAUAAGCAGUUCAGCGAAUGACGAAAAAAUACUAAUUGAGGUGUUUAUUGCUUUGAAAUGUUACUUUAUGUCGUUACACACUCUUCAUACACUACGAAGCAGCUGCUAGUCUUUCAUAUCACUCUUACAGAUGGAAUAUGUCGAUGCCCAAUUGCUUUCUUGAGAAAAGUCCACUUGUUUUCAAAAUUUCGAAAAUUCUGACACAUUAAUUGCCAAAAAACGUUUCAGCACAAGGAGCCCAUCGGAGAAUAUUUGUUGUUCAUUUGCCCAUGAAAUAAGGUAAACGGGGUUCCUGCUUCUAUUUACUCUAGAGACUGGGUCGCUCAUCUUUUUCGCACCCGGGACAUGCGAUGCCCAUUUGGCUUGCGACAAGUCUCUUAUUUGGACUGAAGGGCGGUACCCAUGUUGAACACCAAAAAUGAUAUGAUGGAGAGCCCACAUCCUUUUCUUUUUGAAAGUUAUAAAGAAAAUCUUAUAUCAACAAAAGCCGGCAAUAUCCAUGAUAUCUCUGCUUUUAUCGCUGCUUUCUCAGACAUUUUGACGGCUUUGACAGAUGAUGAUUCAUCAGAGAAGCGGUCGGUAGUAGGACUUGAUACCAUGACAAUCUGGUUCACUCGAGGCUUGCAAUUAUUGAAGCUAGAUCCAAGAUUGUUGCUGAGAUUUUGCCUUCCCCAAUUGACUGCACAUUUGGUACAUUUGUUCAACUACGUUUGUCAGGUAUACGAAUCAGGAAACGGCCCAUUUUCGAACGCUGCAUCUGGUCUUUUAACGAAAUUAUUGCAAUUUGUCAACCACGUUUGCUUAUCAGACAAGAACUCGCCUUUGACAACUCAGCUCACAGAGCUGAUCAUGUCAAUUCCAUCGACACAGAAAAGCUUUUUUAAUAUCUCAGAAGUUUUCUUGAAGGAGGUAGAUGACGCCGUUACUGCACUUUGCGGGCAAUAUGGAUCCUUGCCGGAGAAAUGUAUGAAAAUGAUUCGGUCCCCAGCUCUAGCAAAUUCAGUCAGCAAAACUUUUGCAUCAUUUUACACGCAUUUGUACAAUCCAAAAAGCGACACGCAGAAGUACAUCUGCGCAUGGUCUCCUCUUGUCGAAAGAUCCCUCCAUACUGAGAAUGAAAGAUUAAAUGUCAUUAAUCACCUCCUUCCAAAGCUCUUCAGAUCAUGCCCAAGUGAGUUUAUUGGUUGGGUGAAAUCGCUCAAUAUAGAGACAGACUCACACGAGUGGCGUAUACUCAUGCUACCAUUGCUUAAUUGCGCUUACAUAAUCUCACCAAAAAAUGACCCUGUUGCGUCCAAGGCAUUGACUGAAAAAGACUUAUCAUCCUUAUUGAAACAUCGCGAUGAAGUAUGUCGCCGUGACUCGCUUGCCUUGGUUUGCUCUUCAGUGUCUGCAACAAAAGGUCCUCCAGAAUAUGCUCUCAAUAUAUUUCUGGAUCCUUUAAUACUAAACAUAUUCUUUAAGGAAAGCACAACAGCCGAGUCUCGAAGUGAUUUUCACUCUUUGAUGAGAAGAGUAUUUCUCAAUUGCAGAGAAUUUAUCAUAACUCAAGAAAAACGUCUUUCUAAGAAAUCAGAUAUGAUGCUAGAGCGAGAUGUUCAAUCUCUUAAGUCAAGACUUCAAAUAAUAUUUGGAUUUAUAUCCUCUCAAAUCGUGCCUGACUCCUCCUAUUCACAGCUAGCAUUAUCGACAGAUUUCUUAAAGUUUUUUGUCGAAUACGAAUUUGAUGGAGUGCAAAGAGGCUUGAAAAAGGAUGUGAAACUGCGGCUGAAUAUCUUUGAAAUCUUCACCAAAGAGUUAACGGGGACUUUGUUGAGGUUUGUCACCAACAACUAUGACGAUGUAAGACAAAAAUGCUCCUACGUGCUCUGUUAUUGUCCAAUAGAAAUCUUUGAGCUCGUUUAUUGCGAAGAAAUUGCGGAGAAUACCAUGUCACUAUUGUCUUCUCUCAAAGGAAGGCAAAGUGACGGUGGUGCUCAGGUCAUCAAAACCAUCACUCAAAUAUAUAUGAAACACGGGAGUGAUGAUAGUGUUUUCGACUGCUUGCACAUGGUACUUUCAAGGAUGAACACUGCGCUAGAGUCUGAAUUCCCAAUUCAUGGCCACUUUACUGCUAUUAGUGAAAUUUUGGCUUUGAUUUCUCCGAAGUUCUUUGAGCUACAUUCACAAAAAUUGAGUCCAAUUAUUGCCUCAUUGUUGCACACAUCGCUUCAAAUGUGGCAUAUAAUAAAGCCACAAAUGACUCUACCGGCCUCAGAAAUUGAAGAGGAAUAUGAUUCUAAGGCCUGGAGAACUGUUAAGGAGAAUUCAUUCCUAUUAAAAAAUAUCAUGACCCUUAAUGCAUCCAACAAAUGGAAUGUCUUAAACCAGGCUGUCUAUUUAAACAUUUGCGAUAUUCUUAUGGAACAGUUGAGCAGUUUGUCACAUAGAGGGACAUUCUCUGCCAUAUACCCAACUUUCGUAAAAGCCUGUGAGCUAUGUUAUCAAACUGACCUCGACGACAAACCUUUACUUUGGUUGCAGACGAACUUAAAACUUUUGGAAACAAAGGAGCAACUUAUCACCAGAAGAUCUGCAGGAUUGCCAUUUUUGCUCACCGCUAUUUUGAACUCCUGUAUUACUGACCGUCAGAAACUACAGGCUUUUGUCGAAGCUACAUUCUCGGAGCUUUUUAGAGUCGCUCAAAUAGAGUACACACCACUUGAGGACGAGAAAAAUGAUCUCCCACAGGUACAUGCGUUCAACUGCAUGAGACACAUUUUCCGGGAUUCAAACUUGACAAAUGCAGCUCUGGGUUAUCUCGAAAAAGCGUUGGAAAUAUCUUUGAUAAAUUUGGAUCAUUCUGCAUGGGCAAUAAAAAACGGGGCCGUAAUGUUGUUCACUGUCCUACAAGAGAAGCUCUUUGGAUCACAGAAAUUGGGAGAUUUAAAAAGUGCGUCACUUUUUUUCAGCAAGUAUUCAGGGCUCAAGAGCAUGCUAUGGAAUAAACUCAGCGAAUCAAAAAAUGCAAAUGAUGUAUUUCUUGUCUUAUCGAUUCUUCUGAGGCUACAAGCAUUUUCCGAACACGACAACACACUCGAUUCGUUUGUCGACAUUAUCAUAGAUAAAUUUUUGAGCCACAAGGUCUGGAAGAUUCGUGAAAUGGCCGCAAAACUGCUCUGCAUGAUGACAAAUAUCCAAAACUCUUCCAAAAUCAUGAAGAAAUUAAUGACUAUCGAAAGUGUUUCGAGAAAUGGAUUACAUGGAAGGUUGUUGUGUCUACGAGACUUCACAGAGUCAACAAGGGUGUCACAAAUGGACAAGGACCGGUGUGUUCUUCUAGUCGAAAAAUGGUUAAUGAAUGCACAACUCGAACAUGACUGGGUUAACUUGAGAGCAGCACUUUUGAUUGCGACAAAUCACGUCUCUAUUGAAAGUUGUGAAGUUUUGAAGUCAUAUAUUCUAAACAUUCUCUCAGAAGAGAGGCGGACGUUGGAUGGACCAAAAAGAUUGUUUUUAGAGCAAGCAGUCACAUCCGUUUUACAAUCAUGCCAGGAUCUCGAGGAAGUUUCACACCUUUCGAAACAGUAUGCAAGCGCAGGCUUUUAUGAAGCUCAGAUUGCGGUCAUAAAUUAUUGGAAGAGAAACCUCAAACAAUUCAAAAAGGCACUGGACAUCCAUAAUGUCUUUUUUGAUUUGGUUAAUGAUAAUAGUACCUGGGAUUACGUGAAUACUGGGUGUAUGGAAUUGUUGGUGACUUCAGGAGUGCAAAUUCUGAAGUCUUUGAAUCUCAUGGCUAAGUGGACCGACUCCAUGAAGACACUUCACGUGGUUCUUGAAUCUCGCCUGGCGCUUUUCGAUGAAAGUUAUAUCAUCGACUCAGUUGCAAAGUUUGCGGUCGAUGAGCUUCCUGAAGAAAGUAGGCUACAUUCGGUUAUGGCUUGCAAGAACGUACUUCUCGAUCGUGAGACGAAACGAUCGAACACUGCAAAGUUGUGGUAUUUGAUUUACGAGAAACUUAAUGACGACUCAUCAGAUGUAAGGGCAUUGGCAAGCAUUGACGGCAUGUGCGCCGAAACGAGUAAGGCCACCGUUCUUGAUCGCUUAGUUCAGGAUUUUAGCGAUGAGUCAUUUGAGAUGAUCAUUAAAGAGUUGGAGAACAGCAUCAACUUGAAUUUGAGGAACCUAGAGUCUGAACGCAGUAAUAGCCUUUUUGAGAUCGAAAGGUCAAAUCUCUUCUGUAACGAAGUGGUGAUACAUCGAGAUUUUAUCAAGAGCCUCGUUCGACUUGUCGAAAACGAGGAAAAAUUUCAUUCCCGCGUACAAGAAGCUGCAUCUCGUUGUAUUUUGUCCGUCUGGAAGUCGGUGAAAGCCAAUGAAACCCUUAUUUCGACUUGGACUUUUAAUGUACAUUUGGAUUCGGCUAUUCGAAAGGUUUUACAUUUUGAAUUUCUUUGCUCCGAAAAAGACCAGAUUUCUAUUCGUGAGCUCAAAAAGGUUCUUGUGAAAAAUCAAUACUUUAUAUAAUUGAACGGUACAAAUGAUCAGACUAGCAAGAUAAAGAUGCCCUUUCGCAAUUGCACCCAUGCUGAAUACGGUGCGGGUAACCUUUUCCCGCGAACUAUAUAAACGAUAAAAAAAUUCUUC